GCCGACCGUUAAGAGUCAGACUUAGGCAGCACUCUGUUUGUUAAUAUCAUCUCGUCUUAUGCGCCCUGAAUAAUUUGAGAGGCAAAUUUUUCUAUAUCUAUUCGGUCUCAAGUUAAUAGGUUCCCAUCUCAAGAUUAUCCCCUCAUUCUCAUUCAACGACCAUGUCUCUGUCAGCACGGGCUGAAGAGUCUGAAAAGGCCAGCCAAGGUCUUUUGAUAUGGAAAGUCCUUAAGAAUCUAUGGGAUCCAGAAACCAAUCCCUCUGGAAUUGUCAGUUUGGGCGUCGCUGAAAAUAGGCUUAUGCACGACAUUCUCUCUGAACACAUCCAUCAGAAUUUAGCCCUAUUGAACCAUGCAUUUACUUAUGGCGAUGGCUCCUCAGGGUCGAAUCGUCUCCGGGAAUCUCUGUCACGAUUUCUCAACAAACACUUCAGACCUAUUACUCCAAUUGUCCCUGCACACAUAUCCAUCACAAAUGGGUGCAGUGCCGCCGUUGAACAUCUUGCGUGGGCAUUUGCCAAUCCAGGAGAGGGUUAUUUGCUAGGACAACCAUACUACGGGACCUUUAUAGAGGACAUAACAGCUCGAACAGGCGCAAAAGUCGUCCCGGUGCCCUUCCAUGGCGUCGAUCCUUUAUGUAAUGACGCCGUCGCCAGAUACGAAGAAGCCUUUUUAAAGGCCCAGGCGGAGGGGACGAGAGUCGCUGGACUUGUCCUCUGUAAUCCACACAACCCUCUUGGCCGCUGCUAUUCUCGAGAUACAAUCAUUGGACUUUUAAAGCUCUGCGAAAAGUACCAGAUGCAUUUUAUCAGUGACGAGAUCUACGCCUUGUCUGUCUGGGAGAACACCAUCGAUACUGGCGUUUCUUUUGAGCCAUUUACAUCUUGCCUCAGCAUUGACCUGGCUGGCAUUAUUGAGCCAUCAAGGGUUCACAUUGUUUGGGGCAUGUCAAAAGACUUUGGGGCAAAUGGAAUUAGAAUUGGUGCCGUUAUUUCACAGGCUAACCAGUCUUUGCACGAUGCCUUGGUACCCGUCAGUCUCUACAGCUCAGCAUCCUCCAUCUCAGAACACGCUGCGGCAAACAUUCUUGAUGAUCAUGAUUGGGUGGAGUCUUACAUCGCCGAGAAUAAAAGAAGGCUGGCGCGCCAGUAUGAAUCAGUUGUUUCAUGGGCCAAAUCGAAGGGCAUCACGUACCGGCCCGGCGUCAACGCUGCGUUCUUUUUGUGGGUGGAUUUGGGAAGUUUUUAUAAGGCGCUGCAUCCAGAUGCUGCCACGGAUGACUUGAACAAGACAAUAGCUACGACACUUCUCAAGCACAGAGUUUUUCUCGCAUCCGGCACGGCGUUUGGAUCAGAAGAACCAGGAUGGUUUCGAAUUGUAUUUUCUCACCCAGAAGCCUAUCUGCGUGAGGGCCUUGAAAGAGUGCAUGCUGCGUUAACGGAACUUUAAUAUGGCAUGGUCGAAAUACAAGCUUAAUGGAGAUGAUUAGCUCUGAAGAAUUCUUACUAAUAGAGUAUUUUGGAUUGUAAUUAUGCUUCUAUUGGGGAUGUAGGCACCUUCUUAUACGAGUAAUUGAAUGGCCA